UGGCGUUUGAAGCGAACGGUACUGGAUUCGAGUUCUGGGGUGAACAUCAACUCUGGGAUGCAAGCACAUCCAGCUGGCGAGUCCUAAUUGGGGCGAAACGCACGUCCUGGAUUCCACUGCUAGCUACUAUCCAUCUUCGCUUAAAAAAUCUUGUGACUUAAGGCAAUAUCGAGGCAAUUCUCACAGAAUGCACGUAUGCCAACAUGAGACUGAUCAGUUGCAGUCCUAAAUAACAAUGGGAAGAUUCAAGUAAAACAACAUCAAGUGAAUUCAAGUAACGAAAUGUUUCGUUUAUAAUAUAGAAAUUUGGCAAAUCUAUUCAUUAUAUUUAAAUGAACUGUUUUAAUAAAAAAAUUUAAAUAAUUCCUAGAUAUGACAGAGGCUAAGAAACAAAUUGAUUUAAUAACUGAAAAAUUAGAUCAAAAUUCAUCACAAAUCAAACGGUUUAUUAACUUUGUUAAUAGUCAUAAAAAACCGACAAGUGAACAACAAGAGAAUUUCAAUACAAAAGCUGUACAGUUCUUGGAAGAAUUAAAUAAAUAUGCUGAUACAAUAAAACAAAUUAAACAGGACAAAGAUCCAGAAAAUCAACUACCGAAAUUGGAAUCAAUAAAGAAUCAACUUUUGACAAGAAUAUCUACUUUAACAGAUAAAUUGAACAAAUUAGACAAAAAAAUAGGGACAAUUAAUGUUGGUUUAUUGUCAGGAAAUGAGAAUAUUACUAAUCAUGAAGCGAAAUCUCAAGAUCCAGAGUCCGAAAUGUCAAAUACCAUUAAUAAAAAAAGUACAAAAUUGAAUGUACAAGACGAAGAAGAAGAGGAGGAGGAAGAAGGGGAAAAAGAAGAACAGGCUAAUAAAAGGAAUAAACAUAGAAAAACAAAGAAUGAUUCAAAGUCAAUCAAACUUAAAAUCUCCAAAGGGAGAAAUGUGAAAGAAUCUAAAGAUAAAACUCCUGCUACCACUACUACUACAGUUAUUGCACAAAUACAUGCAACUGAUAAUCAUGAUGAAAUACCCAAUAAUGAUGAUAAUGAUGAUAAGCAUAACUUGGAUCCAGAUAAAAUAUUGAAAAAGGUAAAAUCUUCAAAACGAAUAAAGACAUCCAGUAAAAAAUUGAAAACAUCUGAAGAUGAAAAUGAAGUAUCUACAAAGAAAAAGAAGAAACCAGGAAAAAAGUUGAAGGAUAAGAAUAAAAAUAAAACUAAUAAAUUAAAUGAUGAUGGUGAUGAUCAUGAUGUUGAUGAUGAUGGUAACGAUGACGACGAUGAUGACGACAAUUUAUCUUCAAAUAAAAAAACAACUUUAAAAUUACAAGAUAAUCAAAAACUUACUGAACUACCUGAAAUAGAAACAGACGAGAUAAAAGAAAUAGAACUAGAAAAUGAAGAAACAGAAAUAGAAGAUAACAUCAAUCAAGUUCAACCAUUUCAAACAGAGAAAACAAAUAUGAAAAAAGAAAAAAAAGAAGAGAAAAAUGAAAUAAUAAAACAAAUCUCUUCACAAAAUGUUUUACAAGUUCAUAAUAAGAUUUCAGAACCUGCAGAAUCAAGAAAAUGUGAAAAUAUUGAUUUGUUUUAUCAAACAAUACGUCAAUGGAUUGGUGAUGAUGAAGAUGAUUUAUCAUUUAUAUCUGGUGAAACUUUGAAAAUUUUAGAAAAAGAUGACGAUGGUUGGUGGCUUGGUGAAAAUAUUCAAGGUAAACAAGGUUUAGUUCCAAUGAAUUUUUUAAAGAAAAUAGUAAUGGUUGAAUCGGAAUGGGAAAAUUUAAAACUGGACUAUAUAAAACAAAAAAAUGUUGUGAAUAAUGACAAUAUUCAAGCAGAAGAUAGUCCACAAACAUACAGUGAAGAUGGUGACGAUGAUGAAGAUGCCGACGAGUUGUUGGAGGAAGAGAAAAAACAGGCGAAUGCGAUUAGUUUACAAGAAGUAAACAGAGAAAACACUGAAGUUAAAUCUAAUGAAAUUAAGAAAACAAAUACUGUUGUGAAUCAAAUCCCUGAUUAUACUGAAGAUAGUGUGGAGUAUGGUGAAGAAACAUGGGAAAAUGAUGAGAAAGAAGGUGAAGGCGAUGAAACGAGUGAAAACUUUGAUAUUGAGGAAGAAGAAAGUGAAGAUGAAGACAAUAAUGUUGAAGAAAAUAGUGUUGAGAUUAUUGAAGAAGGAAAAGUUGGCAUAACGCAGAGUAGUAAAUUGAUGCAUUCUAGUAAAAGUCUUACAUCGACCCCUUUUGUAGAUACAGAUAAACGGUCCUUCAAAGACGACCAAGAUUUUUCAGGAUGGUAUAUAAAAAAUAAUGAAAAAGCUCUCGAAGCUUAUCAACCUCUACCAAGCAGUGUUCGUUUAAGCUUUCUUUCAUUACCAGGAUUAGCAUCAUAUAACUAUCAAAAAUUUUUAUCACCAAAACUUGGAAACUCUCACUUAAUUUUUACAGAUAUACUUUUAGACACUGAUAGUAAAAAGAUAACACGACGUCAACCACGUUGGCAAAAGAUUAUAUCAAUUCAAAAAAUUACACAAUUAUCCAUUUUGGAAGAGUCAAAUUUAUCUAUAUUGAACUGUUUAGUACGUUUAUGUUUAUUUGAUGGUAUAAUGCCUAUCAGUAAUAUUUGUUAUCUACCUAUAACACCGACAGAUCGUGAAAAGAAAACAUGGAUAGUUACUCCACAUAAUAUAAAAAAAUCUGAAAAAUUUUAUGAAUUAUCCUCAGAUUUAUUUAUACGUUAUAAUGAUCAAAAUAUGAAUAUUUGUAUAUUGAUAGAAAUUCAAAUUAUUAUUAGUAAACAGAAUUCUAACCAACCAAUUGAACUAAGUCUUGGAUGGGUCACUAUUCCAUUAUAUGAUGAAAACGGUCAAAUUAUACCAAAUAAAACUUGUGACUACCAAUUGCAGGAUAGUUUACCUUUUGAAAAUGGAAAGGGGAAUAAGACAUCAGUUAAAGAUGUGAGUUUAAAGAGUCGUAUGCAAAAUUUACUUUUUAAUAAAACAACUCAAGUAACAAUUCGAUUUAGUCAACCGAAUAAAGAACAACAAGAAAAAUUAAACUCUUUACCUGACAUUCUAAUUGGUCUAGUUGGUUAUGCACCAUUUCUCAGUUAUCAUCGUGAUUUCUUAGCUAAUAUAUUCCCUGGUUUUGGAAGAACCGAUGAUAAAGAUCAAUUAAUUUUACGUUAUGUUCAACCAGAAGUUGCAUUAUUUCCUAUUGUUGCAGAUUGUCCAUUACUUAUUGAAUGUCUACGUGUUUCGUGGCAAGAUCGUCUGAAAGAAAUUCCAGGCAAUAGUAAGAAAGAUUCUGAAUAUUUGAAGAAAUUAUAUUCAGAUCAUUUUAGAAGAGUAAUUUAUCCUCUUCUGUGGUUACAGGAUAUUGAAUUCCCCUGUAUUAUGAGUUCACAACAGUUUGAGAAUGAAUCCCCGAAAGUACUCAAUCUUAUUGAACAAAUUCGGCAAAAUUUUAUGAAAUUCAUUACAUCAAAUCAGUAUACAUUCAAAUUAUUUACAUCGAAAGAAUUCAAUUGUCCUAUACAAUUUACAAAUUAAUAUUAACAUUUAAAUGUAUAUAAUAAAAUAUACUUGGUGAAUAAUUGUAAUUUAAUGUGAUUUUCUUAAAAUGAAUUAUAUUAGUAAUUCAUGU